AGUCCAUGCCAAAUGCCCCACCUCGAUAACCCCGCGGGGUAAUUUACGAACGGUGGAGAUUUACACAUGUGAUGUGCCUCGAUGCGAGACGUCUCAGCCCAUAGCAACGAGAGAUUAUGUUGUGAUCAAGAAGUGGCGGGAAAUAGAUAAGGAAUCAGGUACCCGGGUUGUCCCAUAAAAUGGCAUCCGCCUCCUUGUCGUCUGUGUCGUGGGGAUAGUGCUCAAGGACCAGCCCUAUACAUCCAUCAUUCCCUAACUUUUGCCAUUUCUGACGAGUGCGAUCAUGGACUAUCUCACCUUCUUACCAACCGAGCUUCUGCAUAGCAUCUGCACGUUCCAUGGCAACACACGACUCAGGGGUUCUUGGCUUCUGAAUCUAAAGGAUCUGACGUUCUUGAUGCGCACACACAAACGGCUGUACGAUAUUGUUCUACCAAUACUCUAUAAAUACAACCGUGACAUAGAUGGAUCAACGGCGGUGCUCUGGGCAGCACAGAAUGGACGCAUCGACACUUUGGAAAGAGCUUUAGAGUUCGGCUUGAAUCUCGAGGUGAAGCGACCGUUACGAGCCGAUGUGCGGCGGGGCAUGGGGCUUUGGCGGACUAGCAUCCAUCACGCCAUCGAACAUGGCCAUAUCGAUGCAGUGGCAUGGCUCGUGAACCAUGGCGCCCAGGUAGUGGGAUUCACAGGGAGCAAGGUUUUCAGGGCCGGCGUCCGAGGUUCCUCGGCUUUCCAUACAUCACUGGAGUUAGGCCGACCUGAGAUUGCACUCCUACUUAUCGAAAAAGGUGCGGCCCCGUCUGUCUCCUCAUCUAAUCACAAUGAGCUAUUGCCACUCGUGGCAGCCCGCGAGAUGUCGAUAGCAAGGAGCGCCGUCCAGGCUUUGGGCAACCUGGAUCCACUGGCGUCACCAGACGUUGUAGAGUGGAAUUGUCGACUGCUUAUUGAAAGACUUACGGUUGACUUUAAGGGGCAGACUACUUGUCGACAGGAGGUGCGCAGCGGAAUCGUAGAAGGAAUGGACCUGCCGAAUGAAGCAACAGUGAUUCAGCAAAAGCCUCUGGUUCCUAUCAGAAUCAGAGGAGACGUAGUAAUGGUGUAAUGACAUGUACUAGCCAACUAUAAGUUACAAUCAAGUGAUCGCGUCGCUCCUUCGUUCCAUAUGAUCGUGCCUCAUUCGUGGGGCCGGUUUUUGCCAUGGCAUGCCGCCAAUCUUUGCUGUGCUUGCCAUGAGACCUCGGUCUGCGACAGGCGCUCUGAGUAAAUCUAAGUUGCCUCGAAAAGCAGCAGUAGAACUCAUGAAUGCACAUCGACUGUACUCUUAAAUGGUGCAUUUUUAGCUAGCCUUGAUUCAUGCAGUGUUGCUUCUGAAUUUACCGAUGUAAU